AUGAGCAACGAGGGGUGGUGGUGGAACGAAAGUGCGCUACCGCCGCCAUCAAUGCGGCAACAAUUCGUGGCAAAUCCGUUGCGACGUUUCUCGCCCUCACCAAACGCACAACGACGCUUCCCGGUCAAGCAGACCAACCGCCGCACCGUUGCGAGUCAGUCGAAGCAAGAGGACAGCGCUGAUUUUCGGACGAGAAGCAGGAGUGAAGUGGGAACAGUGGCUGAUCUGGAGAAGCGUCUCGACAGACUUCGAGCCUCAUCUGGUGAGAUGGUACCCUCAGUGAGUGAUAUCGAAACACGAUUGGCAAAGCUACGUGAUGUGCCGGUCGAAUAUAUCAGAAAUCCCAGGACAUGCAUUGUAAACCGGGAGAGCAGUACAGAAGAGUCGGUAAAAAAACUUCUGCAAAAAGCCAAAGACGAAGCAGCCAUUGCGAGAAAAUGGAGUGGACGGAAGUUGGAUUCGGAGAGCGUCGUUAAUCCACAGCAGUAUCUGGCCAGUAGCGCAGACAAAGCGUCUCACCAUGAUAGUGAAGAUCCAUGCAGUUCGGAUGGUGCUAUUCUGAUGGGCCAGGAUACAAUUCGAAAUUUGAAAGAUUUACGGAGGACGAUGAAACUAGCUAAACAGCGGAGCAUGAAGGCAGCGAAAUCAAUUCGCAAGGGUACUGACGAUCAGUCUCUAAAGAACGAAAUGAAGGAGCUGAUGGAACUUGAUAGUGAAGAUCCAUGCAGUUCGGAUGGUGCUAUUCUGAUGGGCCAGGAUACAAUUCGAAAUUUGAAAGAUUUACGGAGGACGAUGAAACUAGCUAAACAGCGGAGCAUGAAGGCAGCGAAAUCAAUUCGCAAGGGUACUGACGAUCAGUCUCUAAAGAACGAAAUGAAGGAGCUGAUGGAACUUGCCAGACAAAGUUCGGUGAAAUCUGAAAGGAUAAAUGAGGAAAUGAGCAAAUUUUGGAAAGGAGAACUGGAAGAAACAUCGUCACUGCAGUCGGAUACGAACAGCGAAUCGAGCGAUUUGACAGUCAGUGACGAGGAAUUGCAAAGAGUUGGUUUUCCAUUUUUUAUGCAUUUUUUGCAGAGAUGCGAUUACUUGCUGCGCUACAAAACUUAA